AGAGAGACGAUGACGUGCCGCUGCAUCUUCUCACUGGUUCUGCUCACUGUCUUCUUCUCAGCCAUAGCUGGAGACUCUAAUAAUUGUGUAUACACCUUCUACGUCCAAACAGGCACAAUCAUAAAGGCCGGAACAGACUCCAAAAUCAGCUUAAGACUCGGUGACUCCGACGGCCAAUCAGUGUGGGUCCCAGAUCUACAGAAAUGGGGCCUGAUGGGCCCAAAAUACGACUACUACGAAAGAGGCAAUCUGGACAUCUUCACUGGACGAGGCCCAUGUAUUGGCUCACCAAUUUGCAGCCUCAACCUGACCUCGGAUGGGUCUGGCUCACACCAUGGUUGGUUCUGUGACUAUGUUGAGGUCACUUCAACUGGGCCUCACCAGACCUGUAGUAAGUCCAUAUUCUACGUGGACCAAUGGUUGGCCACUGAUGCUGCCCCUACAAAUUGACUGCUUUGCUUGAUGGGUGCAAGAAGGAGAAUGGUCCAAUGGAGCAUGGAAUAACUGGGCUUUUUGUUGUGGGCAAGCCCAUUGGGUCUGCUUCAGAAUGAUGUGAAGUUGUGAACUUUUAGAGAGAGAGAGAGAUUGAGAUUUUAUGUUUUUCU